AUGGAACCCCGCACAGUGAUCCCGAUCGACAAGAAUUGGGAAUUCAAACAGGCCGACAAGGAAGACAGCAAAUAUCUUCCUGUUAGCCAAUUCCCUACCAAUGUUCACCUAGACUUGCUUUCACAUAAUCUCAUUCCAGAUCCGUAUAUCGGCAAGAAUGAACUUGAUGUUCAAUGGAUCGGAGAAGCCGUUUGGGUCUACAGGACCAGCUUCGCAUCGCCCACAAUAGGGAGCUCUGCGAAAGCGGUCCUAGCCUUUGAUGGAUUAGAUACCUUUGCGACUGUGGUACUUAACGGAAAGACUAUUCUUGAGACUGAGAAUAUGUUCAUCCCGGAACGUGUCGACGUCACAGCGUACCUAAAAGCUGGCGGCGAAAAUGAAUUAGUUAUCACUUUUGACAGUGCGUAUCUAAGAGGAUGGAAAUUGGUUGAGAAACAUCCAAACCAUAAGUGGGGUUGCUGGAACGGCGACAACUCAAGGCUGGCUGUUCGAAAGACACAAUAUCAUUGGGGCUGGGAUUGGGGUCCGACAUUGAUGACCUGCGGCCCCUGGAGGCCAAUCAACCUUGAGGUUUACGAGUCACAUAUUGCUGAUCUCUGGGUUGAUGUUAAAGUCGACAAAUCUUUAAAAACCGCGACGGUGACUACUCACGCUUCCACAGAAGGCAGUGCAUCAAUAGUUCGAUUCGAUAUCUCAUUAAACGACACACCAAUUGCAAGCCAAGUGGUAGAUGCUGGAUCUGGUGCUACUUUUACUAUCUCCGAUCCACAGUUAUGGUAUCCCGUACGAUACGGUAAACAACCGCUAUAUACGGUUACAGCCGCCUUAGACGAAGGUGGCAAGAUCAUAGACAGCAUAUCAAAGAAGAUUGGCCUACGGAAAGCUGAGCUUGUCCAAAGAGCACUCGAGGGCGAACCCGGUACAUCGUUUUUCUUUGAAAUUAACAAUAUUCCCAUAUUCUGUGGUGGUGGCGACUGGAUUCCGGCGGAUAACUUCAUUCCACGGAUUAGUAAGGAGAGAUAUUACGAUUGGGUGAAACUGGUGGCGGAUGGCAACCAAUUCAUGAUCCGAGUAUGGGGAGGAGGUAUCUACGAAGAGCAGGCCUUUUACGACGCUUGUGACGAGCUUGGAAUUCUGGUGUGGCAAGAUUUCAUGUUCGGGUGCGGAAAUUAUCCCGCUUGGCCAGAGCUCCUGGACUCAAUCAAACGUGAGGCGGAGGAGAACGUCAAAUUACUAAGACAUCACCCAAGUAUCGUUAUUUUCGCUGGCAAUAAUGAGGAUUACCAAUACGCCGAGAGCGUAAAUCUCACAUGGGAGCAAGAGAACAAGGACACGGAAAGCUGGCUGAAGACCGACUUUCCGGCUCGAUAUAUAUACGAGAAGAUUCUUGCUGACGCAUGCCGGGAACUCUGUCCAUCUACUUACUACCACCCUGGAAGCCCUUGGGGAGGGGUCGACACACGGGAUCCCACCGUCGGCGAUAUCCACCAAUGGAACGUCUGGCACGGCACGCAGGAGAAGUAUCAAAACUUCGACAAGCUAGUCGGGCGUUUCGUAUCCGAAUUUGGAAUGGAAGCCUUCCCUUCCGUCAAGACCAUCGACGCCUUCCUCCCCCUCGGCAAAGACGACCCAGACCGGUACCCGCAAUCUUCCACCAUCGACUUCCACAACAAGGCCGACGGGCAUGAACGUCGUAUUGCGCUGUACUUAGUAGAAAAUAUGCGCUAUGCGCCGGAUCCGCUCGAGCAAUUCGUCUACUGCACGCAGCUUAUGCAAGCCGAAUGUCUGGCCUCAGCAUACCGCCUCUGGAAACGUCAGUGGAAGGGACCAGGCCGUGAGUACUGCGCUGGCGCGCUCGUCUGGCAGAUCAAUGACUGCUGGCCCGUAACCAGUUGGGCUAUCUGCGAUUACUACUUACGUCCGAAACAUGCGUAUUUCACGGUAAAACGCGAGAUGGCGCCCCUGAGUGUGGGCAUUACGAGACGUGAGCAUAGGCAUCCCCGGGAUAAGUAUACGCGCGUACAUGUAGAUGUACAGACGCAGAUUGAGAUUUGGGGGAGUAAUUUGACACUCAAGGACUUGGUGGUGGAUUGUGUGGUUAGAGCUUGGGAUGUGGAGACGGGGAAGGAGACGUUUAGUGAGAGGGUUAAUAAGGAACCGCUGGUGCUGAAGGAGAAUCGGUCUACGGAGAUUGUGGCGCUGGAUGUACCGGAGCCGAAGAAAAGUGAGGGGAUUGAUGCUGCGCGGACGGUUGUUGCGGCGUAUCUUGUUGAUCGUGAGAGUGGGGGGCAACUUGCGCGUUAUGUUAAUUGGCCGGAGCCUUUGAAGUACUUACACCUGGCGAAGCCGAAGAGGCUAACGGCGGUGUUGAGUGAGGAUUUGAAGAGUGUGAAGGUCGAGGCUGAAGUUCCGGUUAAGGGCGUUGCGCUGGAGAGUGAGGAUGAUGAUGUGAAGUUUGAGGAUAACUUGUUGGAUGUCGUGCCUGGGGAGGUUUUGACGGUGGGGGUUACGGGCGCGAGUGAGGCUAGUGUGGUUGGGGUUAGGUAUUUAGGUAUGGUAUAG